GGAACGCGCUGAGACAAUGGGGAUGACACUGGGGUUUCUUGCUGGCUUGGUCAUUGCAUCAUGUUUCCUUGUAAGCACUGCACAAGCAGUGUGUACACAGGCUGAUAUUGUCUUCCUGGUGGAUAGCUCCUUGAGCAUUGGAAAAGAAAACUUCCAGCAAGUCCGAGAUUUCCUCUUUACUUUGAUCAACAGUUUUGAUGUAGGCAUAGAUAAGGUCAGAAUUGGAUUAGUGCAGUAUAGCAUGAAACCCCGCACUGAAUUCCUACUCAGUACUUACAAAACCAAGGAAGAGAUUCUCAAGAUCAUCACAACUCUGCCAUACCUGGGUGGUGGCACUUAUACCGGCCAGGGCCUGGACUUCAUGCUAAAAGAGCAUUUUGUAAAGCAAGCAGGAAGCCGUGCUAAAGAGGGUGUGCCUCAGAUUGCGGUAGUCAUAACAGAUGGGCAGUCGCAAGACAAUGUGGAGAUGCACGCUCAGAACCUUAAGAAGCAGGGAGUCACUGUUUAUGCAAUUGGGAUUAAAGACGCAGUCAUGAAGCAGCUGAAGGAAAUUGCCACCGAACCACAUGACCAGCACAUUUACAAUGUCUUUGAUUUCUCUGCACUGCAAGGCAUCUCUGAAGUUUUUGUUCAAAUGCUUUGCAACACAGUGCAGGAGGCUAAGCGACAAAUAUCUCAGGUACCAGCAGGAUGCCUGGAUGAAAAUUUGGCAUUUGACAUUGUGUUCCUCGUGGAUAGUUCAAGCAGCAUCAGCACUCGAGACUUCCAGGAGGUUAAAACGUUCGUGCGCACGUUUGUGGAGGGUUUGGAUAUUGAGACUAAAAAAGUACAGGUUGGCCUUGCUCAGUUUAGCACUCAAACCCACAAAGAAUUUCUACUGGGUGACUAUGCUGACAAAGCAGAGUUGAUUGAAAAAAUAAAUAAGCUCCCUUACCGAACGGGAGGCACAUUCAUGGGAGAAGCUAUGCGCUUCCUUAAGGACAAUUAUUUCACUAGCGUGGGUGGUAGUCGGGCCAAACAAAACGUGCCUCAGAUUGUUAUGGUAAUCACAGAUGGAGACUCAGCUGAUGAUAUUAAGCAACCUGCAGGAGAAUUGCAACAAAACGGUAUUAUCAUCUUUGCUAUCGGUGUUGGUGCAACAAAUAUGACAGAGUUAAAGUCCAUUGCCAACCGCCCAUCUGAGCGCUUUGUGGUCAGUAUUGAAAAUUACCAAGCACUGCAAGGACUGACCACCACGAUGAUGGAGACAGUGUGCAUAGUGAUGAGAGAUCAAGGGAAAGCCAUUGCACCAAAGUUUGCAGAUGUAUUUGUCCUGGUGGAUAGUUUGGCCCAGAGAGAGAAGCAACAGAUAAAUGAAAUUCUCAACCUGCUGGCCACGCAACUCAAAGUGGGCGAUGUAUCUCAUAAGCUCGCAUUGGCUCAGUUUGGUGAGAACGUUAUCGAGGAGUUCCUGUUCAAUGACUACCAGGUCACAGCAAAAGCCAAAGAGUACAUAAGCCGCUUCGAGCUCAGGCCCAGUGGAGAGCGAAAGCUGGGAAAAGCCAUGGACUAUGUUCGUACUAACUUUCUUAAAACAGCUUCAGGCAGCAGAAUUAUUAAAGGCUACAAGCAGUAUCUACUGGUGCUAAGAACAGGAGAGUCCUCCGACUCUGUGCUGAGGGCCACACGUACCAUGAAGGAUGAGGAUGUGACCAUUAUUGAUAUAAAAUUGGAAGCAAGUCUACGCAACCUGGCACCUAUGUUAAUUAGCUACCAGAUUGAUCAGAAUAUUGAUGAAGUAAUUUCAGACAUCAUAGAAAGAAUUACGGCAAAAGAAAUUUUAAGUGUUACGGGAGAUUGUAGAUCAGCCCAAGUGGCGGAUAUAGUGUUUAUUGUGGAUGAAUCGGGUAGUAUCACCACUAGAAACUUUGAUCUGGUGAAGCGUUUCCUCCAUCGCAUGAUUAGCGGCCUAGUGGUAAAUUCCGACAGUGUCCGGGUGGGACUGGUGCUCUACAACGACAAACCCACUGCUGAAUUCUACUUGGACAGUUUUGAUAACAAGACUAAUAUUCUGAACUAUAUCAAACUCAUACCGUACAGAGGUGGAGGAACUUCUACAGGUGCAGCCCUGAAAUUUGCCCAUGACAAUCUCUUUAUCAAGCAGAGAGGCAGCAGAAAAGAUCUUGGGAUUCAGCAGAUUGCUGUUGUCAUCACUGAUGGCGAGUCACAAGAUGACGUUACCGACAAAGCUGCUGAGCUGAAGCGUUCAGGGGUAACCGUGUAUGCCCUUGGAGUCAAGAAUGCCAGUGUAGAGGAGCUGAAAAAAAUUGCAUCCUAUCCAGAAAGGAAGUUUGUGUACAGUGUGGAAAGUUUUCUGAAUCUUACUUCACUGGAGAAAAGCCUUAGUAAGAGUCUUUGUAAGACCGUCAUCAGUACAACGUUUGACAAGAACCAGAGAUACCAGCUUAAACAAGGAUGUGUGCAUACAGAGGAAGCAGACAUUUAUUUCCUGCUCGACCAUUAUGGGAGUACUCGUGCUGAUUUCGAAGAUGUGAAGAAGUUUAUGCUAGAGCUUCUGCAACGGUUCAGAAUUGGACCAAAUCAUGUUCGUGUGGGUGUCGUGAAAGUUGACCGUGAACCAAAACUGCAGUUUAGACUGACGGAGCACAAAAACAAAGUCUCCUUAGAACAAGCAAUGAGGAACAUCAUUCAACCCAGCGGUGGCACAGAGACAGGCAAAGCACUAUCUUAUAUGGCUGAUCGCUUUAGGGAUGCCAGAAAGUCUCGCAAAGCUCAUGUGCAAGAAAUUCUUAUUGUCAUUACUGAUAAGGACUCCCAAGAUGAUGUCAGUGUACCAGCAGAAGAGCUAAGGAAGUUAGGAGUUUCAGUCUAUGCUGUCGGAGUAAAGGAUGCCAACAUGGAGGAGCUCUUGAAUAUAGCGGAUGACUCAACUAAUACGUUCUUUGGUUCCAACUAUGAUUCCCUGAAUGCUCUCAAGAGUGAAAUUGUCACAGAUAUUUGCUCGCAAGAGGCCUGCAAGAACAAGGUGGCAGAUGUCAUGUUUUUGAUUGACGGCUCUUCAAGCAUUUAUAGCGCAGACUUUACAUCAAUGAUUACAUUUAUAAACAAAGUGGUAAAUGGAUCUGUGAUUGGAGAAGAUAAUGUUCAUGUCGGUGUGGUCCAGUUCAGCGAUGACCCAAAGGAGCAAUUUCCCCUUAAUAGGUUCUAUGACACAAGAAAACUACAGGAAGAAAUCAGCAUCAUUGUACAGUUAACAGGGAGCACUUACACAGGAAAAGCACUCGCCUUUAUAUCAAAGUAUUUUGAUGAGUCCCGUGGUGGUCGGCCUAAUGUGCCACAGUUCCUUGUAGUUAUUACAGAUGGGGAAGCUCAUGAUGCUGUUGCCGAUCCUGCCAAGGCCAUCAGGGACAAGGGUGUCACCAUUUACUCAAUAGGUGUUGGCAAAGUUAACACCACACAGCUGAAGGAGAUCAGUGGAACUGAAGAUAAAGUCUAUGUGGAGAGGGAUUUUGAUGCUCUUCAGUCCUUGGACACAGACCUCAAAUUCAAACUCUGCGGCUCCAUCACAGGUUGUGAGACAGCACAGUUAGCAGAUGUAAUCUUCCUGGUGCAGUGCACCAGCCGGAUUCGUUUCCAGGACUUUGAAAAGAUCAAAUACUUUUUAAAUUCUGUGGUGAACAACACACAGAUUGGGGAAAGCCUAAUUCGCUUUGGCAUAAUUGUCUACUCAGACACUCCGGAAAAGUUCUCUUUAAACCAAUACAACAGUAAACGUGAGGUACUGGGGGCUAUAAAAGCUUUGAAAUCUCCAACAGGAAACACCUUCACAGCAAAGGCUCUUGAAUACUCACUCACUUACUUCAAUGAAGUCAAUGGUGGGCGACGGCAAAGGGGCAUCCCUCAAAUGCUGUUUGUGAUCACGGAUGGUCAGGCAGCAGACCGACAGAAUUUACGUGCACAGGCUGAUAAAUUUAAAGCAAAAGGUAUAAAUGUUUAUGGAAUUGGAGUGGCAAAAGCACAAAAGAAUGAGCUGGAGAUUAUUACCAAAGACACAAGCAAGAUCUUCCAGGUUGGUAAUUAUGAUGCCCUUCAAGGUUUGCAGGGGAGCAUCUCCAAUGUGCUCUGCAACACAUCCAAACCAGAAUGCGAAAAGGAGGUAGCCGACAUGGUGUUUCUCAUUGACGGAUCUGAAAGCAUCAAAGAGAACUCGUGGAAAACUAUGAUUCAUUUCUUGCUGAGCUUUAUGGACAAGCUCCGUAUUGCACCAGACCUUGUCAGAAUUGGUGUUGCCCAGUUCAGCACCUCAUACCAGAAAGAGUUCUACUUGAAUGAGUAUAAAGAUGCAAAAGGAGUGAAAUUAGCUAUUGAAAAAAUCACGCAGAUCAAAGAAGGGACACUAAUUGGAAAAGCUCUGAGUAAUGUAGAGGAAUUCUUCAAUGAAGGAAAAGGGAGUCGCAUAAAGGAACGUGUACCACAGAAUCUCGUGCUUAUUACUGAUGGUGCUUCAUCUGACAGGGUGAAUGAAGCAGCUGAUCGCCUCCGACAAAAGCAAAUUAAUAUUUUUGUGAUCGGAAUAGGGGAUAUCUCAGUGCCGCAGCUCAGCUAUAUUGCCGGGUCAUCAGACAGGUUCUUCAAAGUGGAGAACUUCAACUACCUUAAUCUGACAAUAGAAGCAUUCUUUGAUGCCAUUUGCAACCCUUUUAUACCCCAUGAACAAACAAGUUGCACUGUUGAUAUUGCCAUCGGUUUCGAUAACUCCCGCACCAGUUCCAGUUCUCAAUCAAUCUUUAGGGACCAGAAAAAGCUUCAGACCUACCUGCCAAACAUUAUUCAGGAUAUUUCAGCCGUGCACAACUUGUGCUGUAUCGCUGAAAAAAACCUCAGUACCACAAUCGGCUUUCGUCUGGUUGCUGCCAAUGGAAAGAUCCUUAAUGAUUUUUCAUUUGAGAGGUAUAAUGAAGAUGUGGUAAAAAAAGUGAUGGCACUGCAGACUUCCCAAGUGCUGUCAUUCAACACCAUGCUGCUGAGUUCUUUUCAGGAGAAGUUCAAAACUUCCCAUGCUUCUGUAAAGGUAUUGGUCAUUUUCACAGACGGACUGGAUGAGCCUGUUGAGCGCAUUCUGCUCGCCUCCAGUGACCUCAUGAAGAGCGGUGUCAAAGCGCUGCUGACUGUGGCUCUGGAUGGAGUGAAGAGCACUACUGAUCUGCAGAGGCUUGAGUUUGGACGAGGGUUACACUACAAACAGCCUCUCAUUAUUGGCAUGCAGAAUGUGGCCAGUGUCAUGCAGACACAGAUUGAUACGGUGGCCUCAAGGGAGUGCUGCAAUGUGAUAUGUAAAUGCACUGGCCAGAAGGGAAUACAUGGAUUACCAGGGUUCCCAGGGAGUAAGGGGGAACCUGGACAGAAGGGACUUCCUGGUUUCCCUGGAGAAGAGGGAAGAGCUGGUGAGAGAGGACCACCAGGUUUGAAUGGAACACAAGGACAUCAGGGGUGCUCUGGAAGAAGGGGCAUAAAGGGUGGGAGAGGAUACAGAGGUGAAAAAGGUGAAGCAGGUGAAGAUGGUUUAGAUGGGGUAGAUGGCGAACAGGGUGACACUGGAUUAGCGGGAAGCCCAGGAGAGCAAGGAGAUCCCGGCAGCCCUGGUCCACGGGGGAUCACAGGAGGUCCUGGAAUGCCAGGAGGACGAGGUCUGAGAGGAGAUCCAGGAGAUUCAGGACUUGAUAACAACUCCCGCGGUCCAAAGGGGGACAUUGGCAGCCCAGGCCUACAGGGUGAACCAGGUCUAGAUGGUUUUCCAGGCAAAAAUGGGGAAAAUGGCAGGCCAGGUCCUAAUGGCAGAAGAGGCUCUCCGGGUCAACUGGGUCCCAGAGGGCCUCCUGGAGAACCAGGACUAGAGGGACUCUUUGGGGCCUUGGGCCCAUCGGGUGCUGUCGGUCCACCUGGUUCUGUUGGGCAGAAAGGUUUUCCUGGUCUGCCUGGACCUCAGGGAUCUCCUGGCUCUCCAGGCAGGCCUGGAUCUAAAGGAAGUGUUGGGUCCAGGGGACAGAAGGGUGAGCCAGGUAACCCUGGAGAUAAGGGCGCUUUUGGACCUCCAGGCCAAAGAGGACUACCGGGAAAAGAUGGUUCAGAUGGAUAUGGAUUCCCAGGACCCAAAGGGCAGAAGGGAGAUACUGGUUUCCCAGGUUAUCCUGGACUUCAGGGAGACCAGGGGGAUCCUGGAGUAAAUGGAGGCAUUGGCCAUAAAGGCAACAUGGGAAGAGGGGGCAAUGCUGGUAGACAAGGACUGCCUGGUGAGUCUGGUAGUGACGGGGUGCCUGGACACAGGGGCCCAAAGGGACCGAGAGGAGGCAGAGAAUUGUCUGACUGUCAACUAAUCUCAUAUGUUCGAGACAACUGUUUGUGCUGUAAAGAUAACUUAAAAUGCCCUGCCUACCCCACUGAUCUUGUGAUUGGCUUGGACAUGUCUGAAGAUGUCACCCCUCAAACCUUUGAACGCAUGCGUUCCACAGUCCUUAAAUUGCUGGACAACAUCAACAUCGCAGAGAGCAACUGUCCCACGGGGGCACGGGUGGCUGUAGUCUCCUACAGCUCCCACACCAGAUACCUGAUCCGCUUCACAGACUAUCACCGCAAGAAGCAGCUUAUUGAAGCGGUGAAUAACAUUGCCCUGGAGCGCAAUACAAAUCGGCGUAACUUGGGCGCUGCCAUGAGGUUUGUUGGCAGGAAUGUCUUAAAGCGUGUGCGAAAGGGCGUCCUGAUGAGGAAGGUGGCAAUCUUCCUUUCCAAUGGAGAAUCUCAGGAUUCGACCUCCCUCACCACGGCCAUUCUGGAGUACAAAGCUAUGAAUAUUAAGCUUGGGGUCAUCGCACUGAAGAAUGCACCAUCUAUUAGACGUGCUUUUGAGGCCGAUGAAACCCGGAGUUUUCAAUUAACUGUUCUUGGUAGAUUGCAAGACCAAAAUGCUGCUCUCAGCAAGAUCCAGAAUUGUGUUAUCUGCUUUGAUCCCUGCAAACCACAUAGGGAAUGUGAUGGUACCAACUUGGUGUCUACUCCUCAGGAGGUGGACAUGGACUUUGCAGUGAUUGUGGAUGGCUCCCGUAGCAUCCUGGCUGACCAGUACGAGGGCAUAAAGGAGGUACUUGGCACGGUGCUGGACCAGAUCGUUGUAAGCAGUCAGCCCAACAAGGUCGACAAACAGGCGAGAGUGGCAGUCUACCAACAGAGCUCCACUUACAGUGAAGCCCAGUCUCAUGUAAAAGCCAUAUUCAAUUUCCAACAGUUCCAAGAUCGCAAUUUAAUGAAAAGGAGCAUCUACCAAGAGCUAAACCAAACCGGAGGGUCUUCCAUGCUGGGCCUUGCAAUGGAUUACACCAUAACGCAGGGCCUCCUCACGGCCCCUAAAAGUCGCAAGAACAAGAUGGUGUUGGCAAUUGUCGGAGAGGAGACAGCAUAUGAUGACAGAAAUAAACUGGACUUUAUCUCCAAGGUAGCAAAAUGCACGGGAGUUGUUCUCUUCAUUCUGACAGUGGGUGACCACAUCAACAUUACUCAGGUGGAGGAGCUUGCCAGCUAUCCCUUAGAACAGCACAUAAUUCACCUGGGACAUUUGAAAUAUGGAGAACAGGAGUACACUCAGCGCUUUAUGAGGACUUUUUUCCACAUUCUGAGUAAGAAUAUGAACUCCUACCCUCAUCCAUCACUCCAAAGUGAGUGUAGUACUUUUCAACAAGAUCAAGGCCAAGGUCAACGUUAUGAGGGUGCCGAGAGACCUUUAUACAGGGUUCCUGUGGCAGCCACUACCUACCCAAAGGUAGAAGUGGAUCAGGAUGUGGUGGUGGAGGACAUAUUACAGGAGCAGACCUCAGGCCGUAGAGACUCACUUGGAAUUGAUAACCUUGCUGACGGUACUGUUUUGUUUUCGGGCCAAUGUCACCUAAACAGUGACCCUGGUACCAUCUGUAGCGGAUAUGUGUGGCGGUGGUUCUAUGAUUUUGCAAUUGGUGCAUGUUCACCUUUCUGGUAUGGGGGUUGUGAUGGUAACAGUAAUCGUUUUGAUUCAGAAAAGGAAUGCCUCCAGACUUGUGGCAAACAAAAGCCCGGAUUACUCCUGCAGGCAAAAGAGGAAACUGCAUUAUUUGAUGAUGCAUGUCUCAUGACACGGGAUGUGGGACCCUGCAGUCAGUACAUUUUAAACUGGUUCUAUGACAUCCAGCAGAAUGAAUGCGCUCAAUUCUGGUUUGGUGGAUGUGGUGGAAAUAAAAACAACUUUGACACGCAGGAGAUGUGUGAAGCCCUCUGUGUGAGGCAAAUUUAACCAGAAUGAUUUUCAAACGACACUUUACAUAAGAAAAUGCUCUUUACGUUUGCAUUUAAAAGUAAUUUUAUGUUUGUACUGUAUUUGCUACAAAAGAAUCAUGUUUUUGUUUUGUUUUUACAGUUAUUAUCAUUCUCUGAAAUGUCCCAACACACACAAACUGAAAACUGAAUUUUUAAUAACAUUCAAUCUGUUAAAAGUUUA